UUUUCUCCUCCCCACACAGCCUUUCCAUACUGUGUAAUACUUGUACAAUUUUCCUCCUCUCUCUCUCUUUCUGCAACAACUAGAGAGAGAGAGAAAGGGGAAGAAGAAGUAGAGAGAGCGAGCAACACCAUGUACAUCAUCUGCUACACUCCUAUAUAUACAUUUCUCUGAAUCUCUCUGCACCCCCAAAAGCCUUCUUCUUGUUCUUCUUCAGGCUUCAGCUGUGUCCCUUGUUUCUCUCCCAAAUCCAUUGCCAAGACACACGGAAAGGGGAGGAGGAAGAUACCAUCAGAGGCCAGAAGAGAGCAAGGAGAGAUGGCAAUGGAGCCGCUGCCUCUCGGCUUCGGAGACGCCGCCAUGGACGCCACCCUGCUCUCCUCCCUCUGGGCCUUCCAAGAUGAUCUCCAGCCGCAGGAGAGCAUGGAGGAGCUGAGGCAGAGUUUGAUGGCAACGACGAUGGAGCUUGACGCGGCGAGGGAGGAGCUCAAGAAGAAGGAGCAGAGCAUCGCCAAGCUCGCCGACCUCGUCCGCCAGGUCGCCAAGGAGCGGGACGAGGCGCGCGACCAGCUGCAGCACCUCCUCGCCGCGGCCGCCGCCAAGCCGCCGCCGCCGCAGGCGCAGGCGCAGGCGCUCGUCACGUCCAGCGUCACCGACUCCGACGGCAGCCUCGUCUCCUCCCCCGUCGACCACCCCUUCUUCGACCCCGUCACCUCCUCCGACAAGCGCUGCAAGAUCGGCAGCCCGCCUCCGGCCAAGCAGCAGCAGCAGCAGCAGCAGUGCCACGCCGGCGCCGACGCGGUGCUCGACAUGCUCGCCAUGAAGAAGCCGCUGCCGCAGAGGGGCCGCCUGCUGCAGUCGGUCAUGGAGGCCGGGCCCCUCCUGCAGAACCUGCUCGUCGCCGGCCUCCUCCCGCGCUGGCGCAACCCUCCGCCGGUCGCGCUCGACACGCUCCCGGUCGGCGUCCGGGCCGGUGGCGGCGUCGGCGUUGGCGUCGGCGGCACCGUCUACCCCAGCGCGUCUCUGUCACCUGCCAUCGGCUCCACCGCGGUGCUCGGCUACGGCGGCGCCAAUGCCUGCGGGAAGAGGCCCAUGGCGGCGAUAGCCAUGGCUGCCGGCGCCGCCGUGAGCUGCUCGCCGGCGGCGCUCAGCGCCAAGCGGCAUCGGCUGCACUGACCGUCCGAUGCGACCCUGUGCACUGGAUCGGACGGCUGUCGUGCGAGCGACCCGACUGGUUGGUUGGUUUGGUUGGUUAGGUGGUGGUCGUGUGCCUUGUCGCUGACAGCCGCCCGCGCCCUGGCCCACCUGUCAGUGACCAUUUGGAGCGAAAAGAAAAAAUAUUUGCAUCAAACAAACAUUUAGUAGCUGCUAACUGCUUAGUGUUAUGAGCCAUGACAGAAUUAUUAUUAUUGUUAUAGAGUUGAUCCUGCUUAUGAUGUAAAUAGGAAGUUAGUAUCAAGUUUUAAACUUUUGUCAUGCUCUCUUUGUUCUAUCUUUUUUCUUCUUCACAUUUGAACUUGUCAGUGAUCGAGGCUGUUCAUAGCUUGACAUGCUGUUAAUUCUUCCUGCUUUGUAGUGAGAGAUUUUUAGGUUGAUCAAUUUCCUUCUGCAUACUGAUGAUGAUGUAUGCUAUCUAUGUUAUAAAUUUCGGUCUAAUUUAUGAUACAUUU